GAAGGACUCAAAUUCUAUAUGACAAAUAGAAUUGUGAAACAGAGAAGUCUGAUGCAAAGGUGGACCACUGGCUUAUGUCCCUCAGUUCAGCAAAAACUGGAAAUAUCUAAGGAUUAUUCUGACAGAUGGACUGCACUUUGGAUUGGGGAUAUUCCAAUGGAUGAAUUUGAAGUGUCAAAGAAUGAACAUAAGUAUGUUGUGAAUCUAGGGCAUGGAACCUGUGCUUGUAGGAGAUGGCAGCUAUCUGGAAUUCCAUGUGCCCAUGCGGUGGCUUGCAUGUGGCAUUGGAACCGUGCACUUGAGGACUAUGUAAACAUUGCAUAUAGGAGAUCCACAUUCUUGGAUACUUACUCAUAUUUGAUCCGAGCCAAUAAUGGGCCAAAGUUAUGGGCUGCUGUCCCAGGUCUUCGCAUUACCCCACCUUAUAUGAGAAGAGAUGUGGGGAGGCCCAAGAAAGCUAGAAGGAAGAACAAUGAUGAGAAGAAGAACCCAAACUCACUAAGAAGGUACAACAAAACUGCGCAAUGCAAGAGAUGUGGAGAAUAUAGGCAUAACAAGAGGACUUGCAAAGGAAAGGCUGCAGCUGACAGGGAAAUUCCUAUUGGAGGAAACCAGACCGACAACAAGAGAUUGCAUCCUGAGAUGAGAAAGAAGAGGAGUGCUGGAGGUAUAAGCAUCAAUGAACCUGGUUCAAGUUCUCAGCAACCAGAGUCCCAACCUGUAACUCAGGACAUGCCUCCACCAACUCAACCUUCCCAAACCCAACCUACUGAAGACAUGCCUCAAACAAGAGGUAAAGCAAAGGGAAAGGCAGUUGCAACUGGCAGUGGCAGUGGUACUGCAGCAAAGAGAAAGAAACUUGCAACUGGAAGUGGUGAUGCAGCAAAGGGAAAGGAACCUGAAACUGGCAGUGGUGAUGCAGCAAAGGGAAAAGCUACUAAGAAGAGGACUUAUAAGGGCACUAAGAAGUGAUAUGUACUUCUUUGGAUAGUUUACAUGUCAUUAUGUUUUGCAUUAGUAUUUUGGUAGUUGUGUUGUAUUAAUGACCAAGGCUUAUGAGCCAUACUUUAUUUUGGACCA